AAAAAAGCUGACCAGCUGUUUCUGUCUGCGUGCAAGGUUACUAUAGCAACCGACUCACGCCGCCGAGAUACAAGGAGGAAGUUGUGGAAGUAUGUCUGCUGCUAAAAAGAAAGGAGGCAAGGUCGCCAAGGCGGAAAAGGAGAAGCUCCAGAAAGAGGAGGAUGAACGCAAACAAAAAGAAGAGGAUGAGGCACGUCAGGCUGCGGAGAGAGAGGAGCAGGAGAGGAGGGAGAGGCUGAGGCUGGAGCAGGAGGAACAGGAGAGACUGGAGAUGAAGGACAGGGAGCGGCGAGAGGACGAGCUGAAUGAACUACGCCAUCUGCUGGAGGAGAACCACAUAGCGUCCACCAAAUGGGAGGCCGAACUGAAGGGCAAAGCGAAGUGGGACCGCUACAUGCGUUGUGAUGGCAGUCCGGACCCCUCUGUGCUUCAGGAGAUCAACACCUUCAUCUCCCUGUGGUGGGAAGACACUGAGACACAGGUGGAGCCGGUACUGCAGCAGUGUGACCAGGCCUUACAGUUGAUAGAGGAGUUGGAGGCCUUGAUAGGUGAUGACCCAGAGCCUCAGCAGCUGUUGCAGUACAAGGACACCAUGGUCUCACUACAGAAGCUGCUGCACACCAAGCACAACCUCAUCACCGAGCACAUCCUCAAGUUGGCCAACACUCAGUCAGACAUCGAGACGGGAAACAUGCAGACUGUGGUCCGGGAUAAGAACAUCACCUUGUGUCUCUGGGCCAACCUCAACAAAAACCCCAGGUUUAAGGGGUUUGAUUUCCAGGAGGUGCGUCUGGGUUUCCGGUUGCCAAAGCAGCUGGCGGUGAGUGACGUGGCGGUGCGCAUGCUCCACACGCGCUACGACCACCUGUCGCACCUCAGCCGGCCCACGCCCCCCCGCUCUCGCAGCUCCUUCGCCAGCCUCGCCGCCGCGGGCGACCAGGACCCCACCGCCACCGCCACCCCCCAGGGGGAGGGAGAGGGGGAGAGGGAGGGGGAGGUGGGGCAGAGGGCUAGCACGCUAGCUGCGGACGACGCAGACCGACACUCGCUCAAGUCGGAGAGCAGGAAGAGUGUUAUGAGUGUUCACUCGAACAAGGAUGACCGCAAGAGCUCCUCACGGAAGACAGCAGUGGAGGAGAGCGGAACCGGAACCGGAACCGGAACCGGCCCAGAGGACACACACACCAUGCUGGAGACAGUACACUCAGGUGUGACCAUUUCUCCCCCGCCUGAAGACUCCAGUGCUCUACCGGACAGUGCGGUGGGCAGUGUGGUGGACCUGCACCAGUUCAGCUCCCUCGGGGGGGUCUUCUACUUCGACGCCUUCCACCUGCCCCCCCAGGCACACGCGCUCAACGGCUGGGAGAUGAGACAGCUUCUUGACAGUGGUCUUCAGGUGUUCCCCUACCCUCUGGAGCAGCUGCCGGUGAACAGCUUUGCGUCGGGCCGUCUGGACGAGAGCGUGGCCCUCUGCCCUCCCCCCGUCGGGGCGUCUGUCACGCUGCCCGACUCCGUCGUGGUGCUCGAGGACCCCACCGUGGCCAGGUGGGACCCCACAGACAAGCAUUGGAAGACGGACUGCAUCAGUGACGUGGUGUACAGCGCGUCUGAGCGGUGCGUGUCGUUCAGCAUGGACUCCUUCUGCAUCUUCACCCUGAUGCAGGACUCCUACUGCAACAUGCCCUUCCAGAGCUGGGAGCUGCGGCCCCUCGCACAGGACUCAGCUAUGCUCACUAUACACGGAGCACUGCUGCAAGUCAGCAUCACCAUCAAGGGUAACCAGUGCAUGGUGCGUGGUGGUGAUGAGGAGGGGGAGGGGGAGAGGGUGCCUGCUGACCUGACGGGCCAGUGGAUGAGUGCUGCAGCUCUGCAGAAGGCCAUGAGGAACGCAGGCAUCAACAUCUUCACCGACCAGCACUCUGACAAGUAUGUCAGCGUCAACGCCAAGGACCCCCUGAUUGAGCAUGCGGUGUAUGAGCAGAUGGCUCUGCUGUCCUCAGCUGUGGCCUUCUCAUGGAGCAAGUGGAACGCCCAGUGCGGACAACAACACCUGGUGCUACAGGUGUGUGAGCACCUGGAUGAGAGGCCUGUGGACAUGGGGGCGUGGUCUCUGUACCUGCUGGGCGCCCAGCGGAGCCAGCGAUUGGCUAUGAGCGAGGGAAGUCCCGCCUUCAGCCCCCAGCUGGCACCCGGAACAGAGUUCCACUCCACCUUCCUGCACAUGCUCCGUGACGUCAUGAGCGAAGCGUCCAAUCAACGCGUCCGCUCCUCGCACCACCUCUACGUGGAGACUGUCCAGAGCCUACUGAGCGCCACCAGAGUGCUCACCUACUCCUGAAUAUACACACACACACACACACACACACACACACACCUCUACGUGGAGACUGUCCAAAACCUACUGAGGGCCACCAGAGUGCUCACCUACUCCUGAACACACACACACACACACACACACACACACACACACACACACACACACACACACACA